AUGGGAGUCGGACAUCUUCAAAGAAAGUUAAGACGCAUUUUUAACGUCCCAAAAAAAGGUGAAAAUAGCGAGUUUCGAACUGGGUUGGUUUCUCAAUACUCUGAUGAAAGAAAGGACACUAUUCAAAGGGUUAUUGCAGCGAUGACCGUCGGUAAGGACGUGUCCUCAUUAUUUCCAGAUAUUCUAAAGAAUAUAGCGACACAUGAUUUGGAGCAAAAGAAAUUGGUUUAUUUAUAUUUGAUGAACUAUGCAAAAACCAAUCCGGAACUUUGCAUUUUAGCCACUAACACGUUUGUCCAAGACACUCGUGACCCCAAUCCCCUAGUUAGGGCAUUGGCCAUCCGUACAAUGGGAUGUAUCCGAGUGGAUAAAAUGGUUGAUUAUCUCUGUAUUCCAUUAAAGGAGACUCUUAAUGAUGACAAUCCGUAUGUGCGGAAGACUGCUGCCAUAUGUGUUGCAAAGUUAUUUGAUUUGAAUUCAAAACUUUGCACAGAGCAAGGAUUUAUUGACACACUACUGGAAAUGCUUGAUGAUUCGAAUCAGACAGUGGUUGCAAAUGCCAUAUCUGCUCUCCUGGAAAUCUCGAAAAUGUCUGAUGCAAAAUUACUUAACGUGAACGGUGUCAUUUUAAAGCGUUUGCUUCUCACCCUGAAUGAAUGUACCGAAUGGGGAAGAAUUUCCAUCUUGGUUGCAUUAGCCGACUAUGAUACCCAGGAUUCGGGAGAAGUGGAAAAAAUAGUAGAAAAAGUAACACCUCAGCUUCAGCACGAGAAUCCAGCCGUUGUCUUGAGCAGCAUAAAAGUCAUUCUCAAGCAACUUGAAAAGGUUUCAAGUGAUACGAGGGAGAGAAUGCUCCGUCGUUUAACAUCGCCUCUUUGUUCUUUGCUUACAAAUCCACCAGAGAUUCAAUACGUUGCUUUAAAGAAUAUUAGAAUUAUUUUGGAGAAAUAUCCUCAGAUAUUGGCUAGGGAUCUUCAGGCAUUCUUCAUAAAGUACAGUGAUCCUCUCUAUUUAAAACUAGAGAAAAUAGACAUACUUGUGAGAAUAUCUACCAAAGAAAAUGCCUCUAUAUUAUUGUCCGAGUUGCGGGAAUAUGCCAUGGAUGUUGAUAUUCAGGUGGUAAACCGCGCAAUUGAGGCUAUUGGUCAACUUUCGAUCAAGAUUGAAUCAAUAUCGAAAAAAGCAGUUGACAUUCUAUAUGAGCUUUAUCUAAACAGAUCGUCAUACGUUUUAGAAGAGUUGGUGGUCGUUAUUCAAAAUAUAUUACGGCGCUACGACACAAAAUAUUUACCUACGGUCAUUACUGUGAUUGCCGAUCUCAAUUUUGAUGAUAUCGAUACACCAGAAGCAGUGUCAUCCUAUAUCUGGAUUCUUGGUCAGUAUUGUAAAGAAAUUCCACAUUUGGAGGACAGAUUAAAAGUGAUGUCUGAGCAGUUUGGUGAGAUGGAUCCAUUGGCCCAAUCUGCGGCAUUGACAUGUAUAGUGAAGGUUAAUCUAACAAAAUCAUCUGCCAACACCAGGCAACUGCUACAGAAGAUACUUAAUAAGGCUACAAAUGAAAUAGAAAAUGCAGAUGUCAGAGAUCAGGCAUAUAUAUACUGGAGAGUUCUCUCAACUGAUGAUAAAGCACUUCAAAAGAAGAUAAUCAUGAGAAAACUACCUACGUUAGAAACUACGAUCGAGACAUUUUCUCCAGGCCUUCUUGAUCAACUUAUUAACGAAAUUUCCAAUUUGGGAUCCGUCUUUUAUAAGCCAUCAUCAGCAUUUAUCAAGCCGAAGUACUCAGACGGCGCAUUUGUCAAUAAGAAAAAGUUGCAGUCGAGAAAAUUGGAGGAGCUCCAACAGAUGGCUAAAACGGAAAUUGUCCAGAAUGCUGCUAGAGCUGAGAAUCUCCUUGACUUUGAAGAUUCAGAUAUAGAAAAUGAGGAUGAAGGAACCCCAGAAUUUCAGGAUGCAGAGACGAAGGAAGAUGAUGUGAAGAAUCCUACUGCAAAUGCAAACCAAAUUCUUGAUGAGCUUAGUGAUUUAUUUGCCGGCAUGUCGACACAAACCCCUGCUCAAAAAGCAGGAAAUAAGGGCCCGCAAAAGAAUAAUGAUAUAUUAGGUCUCUUCUAA